AAAGAUUAAAUUAGACCUACUUGUUAACAAAUAUGGCGUCGUCCUUGCGACUUUUUCAGAGAGUUGUUAAGCAAAUUCAUUGUUAUCAACGAAAUGCCGUUUCAUUAGUUUGCAAAAGACAUUUACUUUCAGAGGCAUACUCUUGCAAAGAAGCUUGGAAAAAGUAUUGCGAGGAUCCUCUUUUGAGUAAAGAGUCUCCCACUGACUUUGCUUACCAAAUCAGAGACCGGCUGGAAAAAAGUGGCCAUGUUUCAGCAGUGGAUGUUAACAUCCUUGCUCAUUACUUCCACUCAAUGGAUGAAGAGGAGAUUGAGUUCAUGGAAGAUAUAUUAUCCAAGUUUAACUUUUGCCAAUCAUCCUAUCCUCGUAAUGACUGCACAUCUCACGCUAUAGCUAUGGGAUUUUUAACAGCUGGGCACAGUAAAAGCCUCUUGAAUAUGUUGACAGACACAAAAAACUAUGGCAUCAUACCCCAUCACAUCACAUUAAAUAUGAUUCUGGACUGGUUUAUCAAACAGGAGGAAUAUGGAAACGCUGCAAAAUUGGCUUACGGCUCAAUGCUCCAGGAAGAUUUCUCCAACCCAGUCAACACACUCUUGUCACUUCAUGCAACAGUUCAUCAUUUAUUACAGUCUAAAAUAGAAGACCUGGCAUCUCCCCCUAAAGAGAAAGACACAGGAGAAGAGGUCUGGGUCAAGGUGAAAUACAUCAAAUUUCCGUAUUACGAUGAUCAUUUUGAUAUCAGAGAUGAACGAUUUCUUCUUGGUAAAACUCUUAUGCUUCUAGCCGAUGCCCAGAGUGUACCUGUUCCUUCACAGCUUCGAAUUGCUUUAAAAGUCACAGGCUCAGGGCUGUUCCACAAAUUUCCACAAGGGUUGGCAUGUUUAAACUCAGUGGCUAGUUCUGAUGAUGCAAGUGUACCUGAGGUGGCACUUAACUACUUUUCAGAUUGCUUGGAAAAAGUGGAAGCCAGAGAUCCUAAUGAACCAGAAGUUGAGCUGGCAUUAAGAACCAUUGAUGAUGUCAUUCACCGCUUGCUGCCAACUACAGAUGAGAAACAGAAAUACCUCUCAGAACUGGCGCAGGUCAAAGAAAGUUUAGAAGCAAAAGGAAAAAUUCUAAAAGACUUUGAUUUCAAACAAUCUGUAGUCAAUUUUGUAUCCCAAACUUUAUCCUCUUAUGAAAAUGCUGACAUUAGUACAUUGAAGUCUUUGUUCAACCAAUGGACAGAAGAACGCAAACAGGAAGUAAAUAGAGAAAUAGAAGAGUUCCAAAAGAACACCAGAAUCGAGGAAAUGAAAAAGCAAGUGAAAGAAUUACAAGAACAAGAAGAAUUGCUCCGAUAUUUUGACCUUGAAGAGAAAUUACGCUUGAAAUUUUUGGAUGAGGACAGGGCUACAGAUAAAGGCUUAACAAUAUCCAAAUAGAACAAGUAAUACUUAUAAUAAUUAAUAAUAAUUGGCUUUCUUUGUUAACAAAAUAAUUUUAUCAUAAAAACAAUUUGUUUUUAAAA